AUGGGAUCAGAAAGCAAAUACGACGAGAAAACGCGUGUCUUGGUGGUGGGAGCGACUGGGUACAUAGGGAAGAGGAUAGUAAGGGCGUGUUUGGCUGAAGGUCACGAGACUUACGUUUUGCAGCGGCCGGAGAUUGGUCUUGACGUCGAGAAAGUCCAACUCAUUCUCUCUUUCAAGAAACUCGGCGCACGUAUCGUUGAAGCUUCUUUCUCAGACCACCAGAGCCUCGUCUCCGCCGUGAAACUUGUUGACGUCGUUGUCUCCGCCAUGUCCGGCGUUCACUUCCGUAGCCACAACAUCCUUGUCCAACUCAAGCUCGUCGAAGCCAUCAAAGAGGCUGGUAACGUUAAGCGGUUUUUACCAUCUGAGUUUGGUAUGGAUCCACCGCGUAUGGGACACGCACUACCUCCCGGAAGAGAAACCUUCGACCAAAAAAUGGAAGUGCGUCAGGCCAUAGAGGCUGCCAGAAUCCCAUACACUUACGUUGUGGGUGCUUGCUUUGCCGCUUAUUUUGCCGGGAACUUAUCUCAGAUGGUAACUUUACUUCCUCCAAAGGAAAAAGUUAAUAUCUACGGUGAUGGAAAUGUUAAAGUGGUGUUUGCGGAUGAGGAUGAUAUCGCAAAAUAUACUGCAAAGACGCUAAAUGAUCCGCGGGCAUUAAACAAAACCGUGAACAUCAGACCUCCCGACAACGUUCUCACGCAGCUCGAAUUAGUUCAGAUAUGGGAAAAGCUAACAGGAAAUGAAUUGGAGAAAACCAAUAUUUCUGCAGAAGACUUCCUUGCCAACAUUGAACAAAUGGAGAUUCCACACCAAGCGGGGAUAGGACAUUUCUAUCACAUCUUCUACGAAGGAUGUCUAACUGAUCACGAAGUCGGAGAAGACGAAGAAGCUUCUUGUCUUUAUCCGGACGUGAAGUACAAACGCAUGUUUGAUUACUUAAGAAUGUUUCUCUGAUUGAUUUGAUCAAAUUAUAUCUAGCUAUUCUAGAUACAAAUAUCAAAAGUUUGACGAUGUUUUAUAUUUAUAAUUGUUCUGUUAUGCAAAAACUGAAAAUAUAUAUUCUUCAUACAAUAAUAAUAUAUCGUCCCUGUUUUUCUAAUUA